UGUUUAUACAAAUGGGUCAAGAAAAGCAGAACUAGAAGCAGCUUCUGCUUCUCUUAAACAAACGGGUGCAUAACACACAUUACUUAUUUCUGCAACAAGUAGUAGAAGCUAUUAGUAAUCAUGGAUAUAACAUCAUUUUCCUCCUUGUUAGUAUGUAGCCUUAUAAUCAUAUCUGCCCUCGUAGCUACUAUCAUCCUAACCACGAAAAUCGCAGUAAAAGGGCACAAAAAUCUCCCUCCUGGAAGCUACGGAUGGCCAUUUGUGGGAGAAACACUAGCUCUUCUUCAAGCGGGCUGGAAUGGAACUCCAGAGAAGUUCAUAAGGGAGAGGGUUGAGAAACAUGGCGACGUAUUCAAGACAUGUUUGCUUGGAGACUCGAUAGUGGUGUUCUCAGGGGUGGCUGGAAACAAGUUCUUGUUUGGGAAUGAGGGCAAGACGGUGGCGCUGUGGUGGCCUAAAUCAGUAAACAAGUUGUUUGAAAACUGCUUGAUUACGAGCAGCGGGGAAGAAGCCAAGUGGACGAGGAAAAUGCUGCACUCGUUUCUGUCUCCAGACGCUUUCUCUAGACUAUAUAUCAAUAUCAUGGAUCAAGUUACUCAGAAGCACAUCUCAACUCAUUGGCAAGGUAAACAAGAAGUGAAAGUCUAUCACACCAUCAAGUUCUAUACGUUUGAGCUCGCUUGUCGUUUGUUCAUGAGCCUUGAAGACCCGGACCAUAUCAAGAAACUAGCCUACCAUUUCAAUAUAUUCUUAAAAGGGAUCAUACAAAUCCCUCUCAAUGUGCCUGGCACACGAUUUUAUAAUGCAAUGAGGGCUGUUAAUGCUAUAAGAAAAGACCUUCAUGUUAUAACAAGACAGAGAAGAGUAGACUUGGAGCAGAAAACAGCUUCCCCUUCCCAAGACCUAUUGUCUCAUCUGCUAGUUUCUUCUGACGAACAUGGGAGGUUUCUGACUGAAGCGGAGAUUGUGAACAAUAUACUGACAUUACUUUUUGCUGGACACGACACUUCCAGUGUGUCGAUAACCUUAGUCAUGAAGACUCUUGCAGAAAAGCCUCAUGUCUACCAAAAGAUUUAUGAUGAACAUAUGGAGAUAGCAGCAGCUAAAGGACAUGCAGAGUUACUACAAUGGGAUGACAUACAGAAGAUGAAAUACACGUGGAAUGUUGUCAGUGAAGUUAUGAGAAUAACGCCACCUGUAAUUGGAGCUUUUAGAGAGGCCUUGGUGGAUUUUACUUACGCGGGAUAUACCAUUCCCAAAGGAUGGAAGUUAUACUGGAGUACUGUUUCAACAAGUAAGGAUGAGAGGUACUUUCCAGAUCCCACAGAAUUUGAUGCUUCGCGAUUUGAUGGAGCAGGACCAACUCCAUAUUCCUAUGUUCCAUUCGGAGGGGGGCCUAGGAUGUGCUUAGGAAAAGAGUUUGCUCGGAUGGAAAUACUCGUAUUUUUGCACAAUGUGGUAAAGAAGUUUAAGUGGGAUUUACUGAUUGCUGAUGAGAAGAUUGAAUAUGAUCCUAUGCCUACCCCAGUAAAAGGACUGCCUAUAUCCCUUCAUCCUCACAAUGUUUGAGUUUCACUCAUAUAUUUCGGGUGUACUAGUUCGGAUGUAGAAUGACUGGCUCAACAGGCUUUCAGUAGAAGCAGACCACUGCAGCUAGGAGCCGUGGUUGCCUGAUAAAGUUAGACUAGCAACUGCAAGGUGAAUAUAACUACAAGGCCUCCAACAUGUUCACAUGUAUAUAAAGAUCUUUAAAAGACCUCUCUAAGAUAUAUUACAUUGAUAAAGUUUUGUCUGUAGAAAGAUUUUUCUACACUUGUGUGAUAAUAUAAUAUCUAUAUUAAAUAAAUUUCUGAUGAA